AUGGCGAAGGCCAAGACUUCUGUGGAGAAGGUGAAGGAAUUUUGGAACUCCGAGGUCAUGGACGAGGAGAGAUGGGCGCAGAACUCGGUAACAGUUUGUCCUCUCUCAUAGAUCAAACGCACUAUGUUCUCUCUUUUUCCUUGUGUUCAUCUCCUCCCUGUUGUCAACUGGUGCUUUCAUUUCGGGAUUUAGGGUUCCCUAUGGCAGUGAUAUCAGGGUUCAGGCUUACGGUUAUGUGAGGAUGAAUCAUCACCUGCGGUCAUCUGUCGUAUCAGAGUUCUGAAGCCAAGUAUUACAUGUAUCUUUAAUCUGAUAUAGAAUCUUGGAUCUGAAGACAGAAGAUCUAUAACCUAAAUCAAAUUAAUUUUGUUCAAAACCAUUGAAUUUUGUGACAAUAUUGUCUGAGAAUCUGAAGCCUCCUUUCCUGGAGGAUCUCAGGGCAUUUUUUCAGUUUGAUGACUACUCCAAGGCCUCUGGAUCAUUAGCCGGCUGAAGGUUCAAAUGCUUUUAUCUUGUAUUUUAUCAAUGAUAAAACCCCCCCAUCACAAACUUAGAGUGCAAUACGUCCAAAUUUUUUUAUUGUUCAUUGCACAAUCUUGGAAAUAUGGCUGUUCUUGGAUGAACUCUUAUGGGUAAACCUCUGCAACGUCUUAGAAUAUACUGGAAGUAGUCUCUGGGUUUGAUUAUCUUCUCUAUCAUCUUGGUUUGGGUGUUUUUAAUUUUUUUUAUCUAGUAACAAAAAUAAAUAUAGCAUACAUAUUUCCUCCAUCAUCUUUACUUAGGGUGGUCUAUAAUCCGUACUUUAGAGACUAAAUAAAUAAUCUAGAUGCUAGAUAUAAAAAAACUUGCCAAAUUGAGAAAAAAAUUCACACGGAUAUUUCAAGAGUAGCUGAUUGAAGCUUCACUGGCAUCCAACAUCUCGUUGAUUUUAUCGUUCCUUCCGAAGGAAAGCCUCAUCAUUUACAGGAAAAUUAAUGAUUAAAUAUUUUACUCCAAAUUGCAUCGGAUCACAUCCAAAGGAUUCCUAGUGAUUGACUCAUUUCCAAAUAUUUCCAUUUAUUUCUGAUGUUUCUCCUUCCCGAAUUUAGUCAACAUACUCAGUAUCAUUAACCAUGGAAGAUUCAUUUCGUCUCUGUAGAAAAUGCUGAGAGCUCUGGGAUUGUUUGCUGCCUCAAUACUUCUGAUGCGCAACUAUGGAGACCUAAUGGCAAUCUGA